AUGAAAGACGAUCUAUUCAAUCCACCACUGUUAGAUAUGGUCCUCUCAGAGUCGACCAAGUCACAUGGGGAGUGGAAAUCCGGAAGGGACGGAGAAGGAGAGCGAUCGUUUCGGAAACAAGUUCUAAGAGUGCUGAGUUGUAGAGGAGAAUGUUGGGUAUAUAAGUCGUCGCCUGUAAAGGGGAAACAUCAGUUCAACAUGAAGACCUUGGUUUUAAUCAGUACAAUUCUAGCCACGGUAUGGGCUGACCUUCCACGCUAUGGAGGGUUUGGAGGAGGAGGAUCAGGCUCUGGUUUUGGAGGAGGUUCGGGCUCUGCUUUUGGAAGUGGAGGAUCAGGGUUUGGAAUAAGCUCCGGCUCAAGAUUUGGAGGAGGAGGAUCAGGCUCAGGCUUUGGAGGUUCUAGCUUUGGAGGAGGAGGUUUCGUCUCAGGAGGAUGCGGUCCAGGACAGGUGUUCCAUGCUGGCAGAUGUGUCACUCCACGCGAGAACCGCAAAGUCUACUUGUACAACGCACCACCCGCACCACCAGUUCCCCAUGGUCCUCCACCAUACAUCCCUGAACCAACCAUUGACACGAAUAUCGUGUUCAUCCAAACACCUGAAGAAGGUCCAGGACCAGAACCUAUCGUUAUACCCCCACCACAGACGCGAAGCGUUGUCUAUGUCCUUAACAGACAGAGGCCAGAACAAGCGGAAGUGAUCGAAGUCCCAGCGCCGCCAGCAACCAGCCCUGAAGUUUACUUCGUGAACUACGCUGACGGCGAGAACCCAGUUCUUCCAAGCGGCGUUGACCUUCAGACUGCCUUGAAUGCAGCUUCCCAAGGAGGCGGUCAAGUGGUUGGAGGAGGUGCCGGCGGUGGUUUCGGAGGCAGCGGAGGUGUUGGCGGUGGUUUCGGAGGAAGCGGAGGUGUUGGCGGUGGUUUCGGAGGCAGCGGAGGUGUCGGCGGUGGUUUUGGAGGUAGCGGAGGUGUUGGUGGUGGCUUUGGAGGCAGCGGAGGAAGUGGAAGUUUUGGCGGUGGCAGUGGAGGAAGUGGUGGAUUUGGAGGUAGUGUAAUCAGUGGAGGAUUUGGAGGUGGCGGCAGCGGAGAGUUCAUCGUCAGUGGAGGUGGUGGAGGUGGCUUCAGCAGUGGAGGUUCACCUUCCAGUCUCUAUACCACACCUUAAAUUUUUAA